GCCCUCGGCCAGUCGCGCGCGAACCGCGGAGUCGCGAACAUCAUUUCGUCUUUCUUGCUCCGCAAAGAGAGACUCCAGCGUUUCUCUCGGUCGCUUCGGCUUGUCAACCGCGUGCUCCGGAUAAACUGGCACGUGCGAGAAGAAGAGAAAGAAAAGUGAACCGGAAAGAAGGUUUAAUCGGUCCGGAAGGGUAAUACCUUGACGAACGAGAACCUCGCUUAGGAAAAGAUUGGCCCGAAGUAGAGCGGAAAGUGGAAUUUGCAAAAUUUUCUGUCGUUCCGCACAAGCAGGGAUCGAGGAGAGACACGGUGAAUAUAGCGAAUAAUUCGCGAGGUUGCAUCCGGGAAAAUAGUGCUCGGGCAUCAAAACGGGGAAAAAGCGUAAUUAGUCGAUUGUUUAGCUGGUGCUUCGCAAAGUUAUCGCGAUAAAUCGCGUCGAAUCGGCGUAUGAGAAAAGCUCUGAACUUGCUCGGAAAAUAUUGGCUGCGAGGGAAGUGAGGCGCAGUGGGGUGAUUAUUCGCUGGGGGAUUGUUCGGGAGAAUUGUUCGCGCUAAGAACAGCGGGUGGUCGGAUAUACCGCGAGCGUGGUGCAACUCGGAGCGAAAAUCAACAGCGAACUUUGGGGAAUAUCUAUCGAUCUGGGAAAAGUGAUGAGUUUGUCGCUUUUCAUUUCCAGUGCGAGAGAUAACGCGCCAAGUUCUCGAGAAAUCAUAACUUUCACCCUAUUAUCAGAGAUCAGCGCGAUCAGUCGAGUAGCCGCAGAGCAUGUAGUAGUAGCAUUUAAGUCGUAGAUCAGCACUAUACAAAUCAUCCACACAUCUCGAAAAUAUCAUACUCAACAUUUAUCCAUUAGUCGCCAAAACCGCCCUAACUAUGUGAUAAUAUGAGAAUUAGUCAACUUAGCUCUAACAAAUACCAAGAUCGAUUCUCAGACAGGAAGGAGCUAAUUCUGAAGAGCUAAAAAGUCUCGAUAAUCCCACCAUGAUGUACCAAGUGCCGCGCACUCCGAGAUAAGACGAUCCACGCGAAACGUUGAGGCUGGCAUCGGCGUGGCGGCGGCGGCGGCGACGGCGGUGGCGGCGGGUGGCAGCGGGAAGACAGCGGCGAAGAGACGGAGAAUCGAUGGAUCUGUAAUGCGUGCAAAGUGCGAUCGACGUGCACGACGACACGGAUACCCAGAUACUGCAGAUCGGGUCGCGGGCGGCGGAUCGACCGGAGGCGGAGGGGAGGCCGGCGGGUACCGGGUCGGAAAGGCGGAAUAGGGACGAAUGAGUAUUUUUCCAGGUUAUCACUUGGGGGGGAGCGUACGCCGGGGCGAACUCCCAAUGAUAGCAACGACGACGUAAGCUUGUUGAGCGCGCAGCGGUGCAUCCGAAGAUACGUACGGUGACCGAGUGAGGGAAGAGCGGAAAGGGCGGCAGCGCGAAAACUGGCUCUUCUAUACGGUGUCCGGGUAUAAAAGUGAGGAGGACUGACGACAAGAAGGCAACGGUGAGGAGGAACGAAGCAGUGCGCAGCGUGUGUCUGUGUCGUCGCCGCUGCGCCGAGGAAGCAACAACACGCCGACGGAGGACGUGGGCUAUUGCUAUUUUGGAGCCCGCCAAAUAUCUCGCCACAGUGGUGCUGCAUCGAGGCUGCGUGUUCUCUCGCUUCUCUUCCUCCCAUCCCGCAUCUCUUUCUCGCUUCUCAAGAGUGUUAUCUUCUCUUUCUCUGGUUGAUUCUUCCUUACAAACGAGCGUCCGACUCUACACAUCUGCCGAUGACGCAUGACAGUGAUCAAAAAGCUACGCAACGUGUGACAGAUUGAUCGUUUGAAUGCAAGCUUUUUGAGCGGUCAAGAGGUUCGUCCGACGAGAAAGAAUCCUGGUUAGAAUUUGUGAGGAGGUGCGACAUAGAAAGAGUCCGAAAAGUGAGUAUCGCAUCGCGCACGGAAGAGCGAGUUGGAAUAAUGGCGGGUGAAGACACGCAGAUACUGUCGAACGGCAACGUGGAGGCACUCACGAUUAUUCCGCCGAAGAUGGCGAACGGAAACGGGUUAAUUUGCGGCGAUAAGCAGCACAACAACAACGGCUCGAUACCGAAUGGGAAGCUGCACGGCGGGAUCGGCGGCACGGAGAACGGCAAGCUCGUAAUGAACAUUCGAGCAGAAAUCGUGCCGGACGAGCGAUCGAACAGCCUUCACACGGAGUUCGACGACGCCGAUGUGUCCUGUGGCUGGGGUCCUUGCAGGCCCCACUGGCUGCAGUGCUUUGCUACGAAGCAAGCCUUCCUGGUGAUCUUCUGUCUCGCCUGGGUGCUUCAGGGUAUGUACUACACGUACUUCGUUUCGGUUAUUACCACCAUAGAGAAGCUCUUCCAAAUACAGUCGAAGACGACAGGCAUUAUCAUGUCGGCCACGGAGAUUGGUCAGAUCGGAUCUUCGCUGUUAUUGACAUAUUACGGCGGCCAAGGCCACCGGCCUAAGUGGAUAGCCUGGGGCAUGAUCCUCUUCGCCGUGAGCUCAUUCACCUGCUCGAUACCUCACUUCAUCUUUGACGAACAGCUGAUUCGUCAGAACGAGAUGCUUAGCGGAAUCGGUCAGGGCGGUGAGGGGCGAGGGCCUAAUAGUACGGACCCGGUGCCGGCGAACCUCUGCAAGUUCCAGGAAAGGAACAGCACGCUGGAAGGAUGGAACGUAUCGACGACCACACCGCAGAUCAAUUCAGCAGAAUAUUGCGAAGGCGAUUUCCUCACAGAGCAGAGAAUACAGAGUAAGAUAACCACGGUAGUGCUAGCGAUAUUUUUUGUAUCGUUGCUCGGCGUAGGAAUGGGCCAAACGGCGGUGUACACGCUCGGUAUACCGUACAUCGACGACAAUGUGGCCAGCAGAGAAAGUCCUUUGUAUUUCGCGAUCACUAUCGGAGUGCGGAUUCUUGGUCCAGCAUUAGGCUUCAUUCUCGGUUCUUUAUGCACAAUGGUCUAUGCGGAUUUGUCGAAAAAUCCACAGAUCACGCCAACGGAUCCAAGAUGGGUCGGAGCUUGGUGGCUAGGUUUGGUGCUAAUAUCGGCAAUGCUAAUGAUGGUCAGCAUAGGAAUGUUCGCGUUCCCGACGCGGUUGCCGAAGAGCAGAACGCCGCCUCGACGCGCCGAUGCCAAGAAGCCUAGUCUUCGUGAUUUUCCGAACGCAGUGAAGAGGCUUUUGAAGAACGACAUACUGAUGUUCAGAACUGCAAGCAGCGUGCUACACAUCCUGCCAAUUGCUGGUCUUUAUACCUUUCUGCCUAAGUACCUUGAGAGCCAAUUUCGCCUACCAGCUCAUCAUGCGAAUAUGAUUUCAGGUGUUGGUGGUAUCCUAGUAAUGGGAUUGGGUAUCAUAAUUAGCGGAGUAUUUAUCUUGAGGGCAAAGCCUAAUGCCAGGUUUGUCGCAGCCUGGAUCGCCUUCACCGCUGUCAUUUAUGCGAUCGGUAUGGGUGUAUUGAUGUUUAUUGGCUGUCCAAUGGACGAUUUCGCUGGACUAGUGUCACGUUCCGACGGGCUUUCUAGUUUCGUGCCAACUUGCGAAACUACCUGCGAAUGCGAUACGAACAAAUUUAGUCCAAUCUGCGGCGCCGAUGGUAGAACGUAUUUCUCGGCGUGUCAAGCGGGCUGUUCGAAUUAUUCGGUUAUUGAUGGCAAAGGAUCGUUUCAAAACUGUCAAUGCAUUGGACAAAAUAUAACGAUACCGGAAGUAGUAAGCACAGCGACGAUGGGAUACUGCCCAUUGGAAUGCAGCAAUUUUUGGGUUUACAUGAUCCUGUUCUCGGUUUUUGUUUUUAUUCACUCGACGAGCGAGGUGGGAUCCAUGUUACUCAUUCUACGAUGCGUAGAUCCUAGAGACAAAGCCAUGGCGCUCGGCCUGAUACAGUUUGCCAUUGGCUUAUUCGGCAAUGUUCCAUGUCCUAUCGUUUAUGGUGCUGUGGUGGAUUCUGCUUGUCUGGUAUGGGAAUAUGCUUGCGGCGAACGAGGAGCAUGCUGGCUUUACGAUUCUAAUGUAUUUAGAAUGUUCUAUCACGGUACAACAGGCGGUAUCCUCAUGUUGGCCUUUGUAGUGGAUAUAGUUGUCUGGUACAAGGCCGGGAGUAUAAACUUCGUGGAAGAGCAGGAGGGCGAGGAAGGCACCGCGGAGGAAAUGGCGACGUUAAAGUCGCAGGACGCUCAGGCGGUGGAGAACGACUAUUUGUGAAGAUUUCACAUUACUCUUUGCGGUGAAUGGGUCGCGGCCGAGUGCGACGUUGCGUCUAAGGACACAGAACAGUGUUGUAAGAUAUGUAGGGGCGUCCUGCUUUGCGAAAGGUGCCAGUAUAGUUCGCCGUGUUUUCCGAGGACGGCGAAAGAUCGACCUAUCGCUGAUUACGUGUUACAACGGAUCCUUUCCAUGGAGAGUCCCGUUUGAAUCGACAGAAGUCUAGUCUCUUUCCUCGACAGUAGGCGACGUCUCUCUCAGGACGAUCGACUCUCGUGAUGCGAAUUCAUUUUUCGUUAACUGCGCGCGCGCGUUAAUAGUUUGAAGGACAAAGAAGCAAGCGUGGAAGAGAAGCUUCAUGGGAAGAUUGAUUGAAAUGGAAAGAUUGACAUGGGAAGAAGAUUUUUAUUUGAUUACUCGCGAGAAGACAGAGUUGCAUAAGCAAAGUGUGUCGGAACUCGGAAAAUCGUGGCUCGAUUGCGAUGCGCUACGCCAGAAAGACUGGAAGAUUCGAACGUGAUAAGCACGUUGCACGAAGACGAUGCUGAUUAUUGUAUCACAGAAUAUUUUUGCAGAUAAGCUGAAGAAAGUUGUAUGGAAGAAUCGUCAUAGGACGCGUCGAAAAAAAUAAGGUAGAUAAGGGCGAACGGAAAUAAGAAAGAGAAAGAGAGAGACACGAAACGAGUAUUUCGUUUGAGCAUCGCAAACGUGAUAUAAGUCUCUCGAGUCUUCGCUUCGGAAAAAUUAAUAGGAUUUAUCUCUCAAAAAGACUGUCUCUCAGUAAGUACACGCAAUAAAAGUAAUACUUCCGUGCCUAUGAAACGAUAGUGCUUGUGGCGAGCACGCGGUCCGCUCGACGGAUCCGAGGAAUCGAAUCGAAUCAAACCAGACGAGCAGCCUCGCGGGUGGCGAUGAAUGCGAUUCGCACGGAGAGACAGUGAGGGAUUGCAGCACACGGUGCAUCGGCGUUGAUUAGUAUAUGACGGCGUUGUCGGCAUCAUGCGCGCGCGUUAUCUAAUUCUCUAACGGUAACAUUCGUUUCAAGUGAUACAAAAGGAAAUAGAGAGAUACUUUGUGCCCCAAUAAAUGUAGGUCUUUUUUUUUAAUCGGGAAAUGGGAUUUUUAUUACAAACGAGUUAAAUAAAAUUAGCGCUAAAGCAUUUUAAUGUAUCGACGGCAAGAAUGAGAGAGAAGUUUUUAAUAGCAAGGAAUGAUUGUAUCAUUUUAAUAAUUUUAAUAAUGGUAGUAAUCGUAAAACUUUUGGGAACCAUUUUAAAUUUUAAAAGAUUAUAAUUCAUAAUUUUUUCCUUGCAAUUAGAACGUGCAAAAAGACAAAAUAUGUAUAAUUAUGUACGUGUAAAAAGUGUACAUAUAUAUAUAUAUAUAAGUGUCGCGCAUAUAGAUACAAUUUAAAUCGUCGACUUUGGUCAGAGUCGACCGCUCAUGAACGAACGUCUGCGCUUUGUGUAUGUGCUCGCGUGCAUUCUGCUUUAAUCUUCGCGUGUGCUCUCUCUAUCGAUGUUCUGAAAAAUGCACCGUGAUUGAUGCGCCGGGUUUUCACGCGGAGACGUCUCGCGCAGGUAGAAAUUAUUCGCGAAGACCAUUACAAGAGAAACAAACUGUUGCGAGCGAUAAGCGAAAGCAUGUACAUUGAUCACCGAAAUCAGAAAUGUGAAAAUAGUAAAACAAUAAGUUAGUUUAAUAUGCUAAGAGUUAACGCAGCAAUGACUACCUCUCAGCAUACAUCUCGUUAUUAUUAAGAUAGAGCUCAUUCGUGAUACUUUGGUUCGAGGCUCUUGCAAAAUAUUGAACGAUUCAUUACUAAGCUCGAUGCCGACGGCUGUUUUGGCAAUGAUUCUCGAUGUAUGCACCAGCAAUAUGCUCUGUGAAUUAGCGAUAUAUUUUUAUGUAUACAUAUAAGAGUACGCCACCCUUAACACGAGGUUUUGACGCGAAGACGUUCGUGCUGAGCGACUCGAGACAAUUUCCGUUUUCUUAUAUCAGUCGGAUUAUUCUUGGGGAUGAUUUAAUCGCGCGAAUCGAGAUGUACUUGUAUACUAUAAACAAACCACGUCUCUUUUUUGCUCGGUUUUAAGCGUCGACACACCCAAAACACAUCGUCUCGUAUUUAGAACUUUUCUCGGAUUUCGGGUGACCUCUUAGGCACUACCGUCCGUGUGUUUCACUUGCGCAUAAAGUAUUACAAUGGUAAAUAUAUAAGCAUAUAUCUAUUACAAUUACGUAUUGGUUUUGAGUGAAAAAGGCGCAUGUGUUUCACGCAAUAACUGGUGGAAGUAUCCAGUGAGAGAAGGAACACAAAAUGAAAAAGAUAAAAAAAAAAGAGAUUAAAAAAAGAUUGAUGAGAUCGAAAACGAAAAUACAUACGAUACAUAUUUUUAGAUGAUUUGACGAAAACGGAAGUAAGAUAAAACAAAAGUAAUAUUAAUUAUUAUUAUUAUUAUCAUCAUCGUCAUUAUUAUGAUUAUUGCGCUAAUGCUAAUGCGGGGUAGCCGUAGCGUUGCAAAGACGCAAAAAAAAGAGAAGCGAAUGAAGAGUUAUUAAAAAAAAAAGCUGUAUUUUAAUAUGAUACACUUUACACAUGGAACACUCGUCGAUGUCUAAUUGUCUGCCUGAGUGCUUUCUAGUGCUCUGCGCGCUUUCUUCAGCAACGAAAGAAGGCGUCUCAUUAAAAAUGUACGUCCGUUUUCCAUGCUGCGUAGAGAAUUGCCUGCAGAUAGCGUGUAUGUGAGAAAGAGAGAAAAAGAGCGAGACACAGGCAGGUAUUAAAAGCGCAUUUAGGAUACGCAUCGAUCGAGGCGAGCACUUUUGAAAUUAUUCGAUUCGGAAUAUUGAAAAAAACUUUUGCGCAAGAAAGAGAGAAUGUUUGACCUGAGAAGCA